AUGCACACUCGAAGUUCAGGUACAGAAAAUUUGAUUCCACUUGAUCCUGAAAUUGAAGCUACAGCAAGAAAGCAAUCCGGUGAGCAAAGGAGAAACAAAAACAAGGAAACUAUGGGCGAAGAAGUACCAGCGAAAUCUUUGAGGGAGUAUGGUAUGCCAGACACUACAGGCGUCAUGUCCUCUAUUCUCAGACCAGCUGUCACAGCUACUCACUUCGAGCUCAAGCCUCAGUUCAUUCAAUUCAUCUCUAAUGAUUCUUUUGCGGGCUUGGCUUCUGAAAAUCCAGUUGAUCAUCUCGAGAGUUUUCUUGAAAAGUGUGAUAUGAUAAAGCUGACCAAUGUCCCUGAUGAUGCUAUCAAGCUGCGUUUGUUUCCAUUUUCUCUUCGGGAUGCAGCUAAGGAUUGGUUGAAAGAUGAAGGGCCAAACAAAUUUACUACUUGGGAUGUCUUAGCAAAGGCCUUUCUACUCAAAUUCUUUAGCCAAAAGAAGACUGCCAAGCUAAGGAAUGACAUAUCUAAUUUUCGUCAAGAAGAUGAUGAAUCACUACAUGAUGCUUGGAAAAGAUUCAAACGCCUUCAAAGGCAAUGUCCUCACCAUGGAAUUCCUGAUUGGUUGCUGAUCCAAACAUUCUAUAAUGGGUUGACACAAGAGUUUCGAAUCUUUAUCGAUGCCGCAUCUGGCGGAUCAGUUAUGGCAAAGAGUACCGAAGAUGCAAGAACUCUUUUAGACGAGAUGGCGUCUAAUGACAAUUAUCCUUACAGUGAUCGAAAUCAACCCGAGAAGGGUGGUAAGUAUGAUGUUGAUGCUUUAACCAUGUUGACGAGUUCUAUGAAAGAACUGGCUAAUGAGAUCAAGGAGCUAAAGUCUGGAUCUUCAUCUACAGUUGCUUUGUGUGAAAUAUGUGGUACACAAGGGCACACUCAAUAUGCUUGUCAAUACAAUUCAUCUGAUAUGGCUAUGGAGCAAGCAAAUGCCCUUUACAAUCAGAAUCAGAGGCAACAAUACAAUCCUUACUCCAACACGUACAAUCCUGGUUGGAAAGAUCAUCCAAAUUUCUCAUACAAGAAUAACCAAGCUCAAUCUCAACCACCUGGUUUUCAACCAAGAGCACCUUUCAAUGCACCAGUUCAACCACAAAAAUCCAACUUGGAGACUCUCUUGGAAGGAUUUAUUUCAACACAGGUAAAGAAAAAUGAUGGAAUUGAUGCAAGUAUCAAUGGCAUCGGUGCAAGUAUCAAUGAGAUGAAAGCUCACAACAAGAUGAUGGAAAAUGCAAUCUCUCAAUUAGCUCAACAAGUGAAUCAACUUGGCAAGUCUUCGGGUCAACUUCCUGGCCAAACUGAGCAACCGCCAAGAGGUCAUAUCAAUGCGGUAACUUUGAGGAGCGGCAAAGAAUUGCAAGAGCCAGAGUCAAAGGUGAGAAAAAGUGUUGUGAAUCUUGAAGAAGAUGGGGAAAAAAUUACAUCUGAAAAUGUGAUAGAGAAUGAUGCAGUGGAAGAAGAAAAGAAAGAACCAGUCGUUGUUCCUAUUACACCAUAUGUGCCACCUGUUCCUUUCCCUCAAAGGUUGGCAAAAGCUAAGCUUGAGAAGAAGUAUGGUAAGUUUUUUGACAUUUUACAGAAGUUGCAUAUUAACAUUCCAUUCAUGGAUGCCAUAGUUGAGAUGCCUUCUUAUGCAAAGUUCCUCAAAGAUAUUUUGUCAAGAAAGCGAAAGAUUGAAGAAACUUCUACUAUUUCAUUGACGGCAGAGUGUAGUGCUAUCUUGCAAAAUACUUUUCCGAAGAAGCUAGCUGAUCCGGGUAGUUACUCUAUUCCUGUGAAACUUGGUGAUGUUGAGAUCAAAAGAGCUCUAUGUGAUCUUGGGGCAAGUGUGAGUCUUAUGCCAUUGUCAAUCUGCAAAAAACUUCAGAUGGGUGAGCUGAAACCACACGUAUAUCUCUACAAUUGGCAGACAGGACUGUGA